AUGGAUCGAGUAGAUGGACAUAACGUCUACAUUGGCAGUCUCUUUGCUCUUCGGAACCAGGACGCCCUGAAAGAUGCCAACAUCACGCAUGUUAUCUCCGCCGUAGGACCAAAAGAGCGGCCGUCAGUGAUUAGCAGCCUGCAGACAUACGACGGUCUCCAGGGGCAUCUCAUCCUAGACCUACUUGACCAGGACAAGGAGAACAUUCUCCAGCAUUUCCCGCAGGCUGUUCGGUUUAUAGAGGCGGCCAUUGCUGAUGGCGGCGCUGUCUUAGUUCACUGGUCAGAUAUCAUAUACCCGCUACUACCCCUGAAUGUUACAUGCAUAUAUGCAUUAUUUCUGACCCUGAGUUAUAGCGGUUUGGGUGUAUCCCGGUCAGCUACGAUUGUUCUUGCAUACAUGCUCUACCAGGGUCGUCCGAAGUUGGCCCCUACAGAUGCCCUGCUAGUCCUUCAAGGCAGCCGAGCUGGGUGCCAGCCGAAUGCUGGGUUUACUGAGCAGCUAGCACUGUACCAUCAGAUGGGAUGCCCUGGAACUCUCCAAGAUCUGGUUUUGUAUCAACAGUUUCUCGGUAGGAGGAUGUGA